AUGCUCGGGGUCAUCACAUCGAUAGGUGGUUUCCUCUUCGGCUACGACACGGGACAAAUCUCUGGCAUGCUCAUCUUCCCCGACUUCAUCAGACGCUUCGGACAGGUUCAGGCCAAUGGAGAGAUUGCAUUCGAUCCCACCAUCCAGUCCCUACUCGUCUCACUCAUGUCUAUUGGUACCCUAAUCGGCGCACUGGCCGGUGCAUACACUGCCGACUUUUUAGGACGCCGUCGCAAUCUGACGGCGGGAGUCUUUGUAUUCGUGAUUGGAAACAUCAUUCAGGUCACUGCGAUGGAUAGUUGGGUACACAUGACAAUGGGCCGCAUCGUUGCCGGUCUCGGUGUUGGUGUACUGUCAAUCGGUGUACCCAUGUAUCAGUCCGAGGUCUGCCCACGAGAGAUCCGUGGUGCUGUUGUCGCAUCCUAUCAGCUAAUGAUCACGGUUGGCAUUCUCGUCUCCAACAUCAUCAACUACGGUGUUCGUGAUAACCCAGGCGAAGAGUCUGACGCGGCCUGGAGGAUCGUCAUUGGUCUUGGAAUUGCAUUCUCGAUACCUCUUGGUCUUGGUGUGCUCUUUACACCCGAGUCUCCUAGAUGGUUGGCGGGUAAGGGACGUUGGGAAGACGCACGCAUGGCGAUGGCCCGUCUCCGAGGUUUGGCACAUGACCCAACGCACGUCCUUGUCAACGAAGACUUCAACGAGAUGCAGGAUGCCAUCAAUGAGCAGAAGAGUGCUGGGCAGGGUACCUGGUUGGAGUGCUUCACUGGCCAGCCCUCCGGCAUUCCGCGUCUGGCAUACCGCACUCUCAUGGGUUGCGCUAUUCAAUUUUUCCAGCAGUGGACUGGUGUCAACUACUUCUUCUACUAUGGCGCAACAAUCUUCCGCUCUGCGGGUAUCGAGGAUCCUCUUCAAGUCCAGCUCAUUCUUGGCGCUGUCAACGUGGCGAUGACGGUUCCUGGAUUAUACUUGAUUGAGCGAGUUGGUCGUCGUGUUCCCCUCGUUCUUGGUGGCCUUUGGCAAGCAGCUUGGCUUCUCAUCUUCGCUAUCAUCGGUGUUGCGCUACCACCCCAGGACAACCCAACCGCAGGUGUGGUCAUGAUUGUCGCUGCUUGCAUGUUCAUUGCCAGUUUUGCUGCGACCUGGGGCCCAUUCGUCUGGGUUAUCAUUGGAGAAAGCUUUCCCAUCCGAACUAGGGCGAAACAAGCGUCCAUGGCAACCGCAUUCAACUGGCUUGGUAACUUUUUGAUUGGUUUCCUCACACCUUACGCUGAUGACGGCAUCGGUUACGCCUUCGGAUUCGUCUUCUUCGCCUGCAACUUUGCUGCUGCCGGUGUUGUGUACUUCUUCGUUUUCGAGACCAAGUCUUUGUCUCUUGAGAACGUUGAUAUCAUGUACUCAGACUCCACUCUCUCGGCCAGGACUAGCAAGAAGUGGAUUCCAGCUGGCUACAUCACCCGCAACGAGCGUGAUGACUCGUACUGGCAGCGACGCCACAGUGCCGUGGCUGCCGAUGGCGCCAUUGUAAAUGAGAAGUACGAUGGCAAGGAUGCUGAUAGUUCUCCUGAGCGGGGCAUGUCGAUGCAUCAGGAGCGAGUUGACGAGGGACGCAGGGUCUAA